AGUGGCUGGACCGGGGAGCGAGAUUACUGGAUCCUGGGUGGCGGUAGGGGUGGAACUCCUGGGUCCUUUAAAUCCGGAGAGAUACCCGGGCCCUGACGCCUGGAUCUUUGCGGAAAGGGGUGUAGGGCUAGACUCUUGCGUCCUUUAAAGGGGAGUGAUCUGGGUCCCAGAUCUGGGACCCCGAUCUGGGCUUCGGUCUGAACUCUUGCUUCCAUUACAGAAGAGGAUGACGGGGACCCAGGUUUGGGGAUGGAUGAAAGUUGGGACUCAUUGGUUCCGACGGAGUAAGGUGCUGGGGUCCCAGACUCCUGACUCCGGGCAGGGGGAUUCCUGUAAUGGCUGCUAACUUGAAGGCGCUGUCACGUGGAACCUCUUAAGCCUCAGCAUCCUGAACUGAUAGAAUUAAACAAAUACCGCUUUCUUUGAAACCUUCAGCCUUUAAGAACCAGUCACCUCAAGAUCUCAACAUCAUGAUCUUAGUUUCAACACAAUUGUUCCCAGUCCUCUUUUCAUUGCUUUUGGUGCUGCCUGUUGUUGAAGCAGUAGAAGCCAGAGUUGCAAUCGCUCUCGUUCUCAGUAUUACAGGCAUUUAUGCUUGUUUGGGGGUAUAUGCACGAAGGAGAAAUGGACAGAUGUGACUUUGAAGGACCUCCUGAAUCAAACCUUGUCCUGAAAACCUUUGUGCUGUUGAGGUUCAGAACUGAGUUUUGGUGUCUGAAAGUUCCCAAGAAACAGUAAAUAGGGUAGUUUCAUAGUCUUGGUUUCCCUAUAAAUAGGAACAAAUUGGUAUACUAUAUUAAAUGGAAAACAAAACGUUUUCUUCACAACAAAUAAUGCACUGAAAAAUGCCAUCUGCAAUUUGCAUUUGCUAGUUAGAAAGAAGGUCAAAGAAGUGAGAAGGCUGAACUUUGCAAAAGUAAUAUUUCAUAGUUUAAGAAUUCUCAAUAGGAAGAAGAAAACUCUUGCCCAGAAUCCUAGGAAACUGCCACUGUUUAGUUAUAAUCACUGCCUUCUGCAACACUGAGGAGUCUUUUCUCCAU